GAGUGUCGGAGCUCAUACAGCUUUGGAAAUUGGUUUUAUUCGCACGCUUGGGUUUUCGGAUGAUGUCGACUUAAACUUGUGUUUCUCGUAGAAUUUUAACUUUUCAAUUUAAUUCCGCAUAAUAAAAUUAAGAAAGUGUGAUUUAAUUGAAGUUAAUUUGUGUGCAUAAUAUUUUUAAGUAAUUAUUGAUAUAUAUUUGAAAGUGCAAAAAUACUCCAGACAGCUUUAAAGAAAACGAAGUAAAAGCAGAAGUCUUGAAAACGCGUCACAUAGCGAAAGUGGCAAAGAAGUUGUUUUAAUUAUUUUAUUGUAAAUUAGAUUUUUCAUUAUUAUACUAUAAAAGUAUAAAACUUGUAAACUAAGUAAAACUAUAGUACGAAAUAUUUUAAACAAACAAAAAAUAUAAUAGUGUAAGAUCCACAACAGGAGCAAAAUGGCAUCAAUAAACAAAUUUACAAAAACUUUAUCGGCGGAUGAAAAAGCAGAAAUUCUGGAGAAAUUCAUUGAAAUCGAUGCAAAUAAAGAUGGUUUUAUUGACCUCAGUGAACUUAAGGAUGCACUUGAUCAGGUUGGUUUUAAAUUGCCCGGCUACCAGGUGCGAGAAAUGAUUGAGGAGUUCCGUAACAAACAACGCACUGCACAUCAAGGUAAACUAAAUUUGGAGGAAUUUGAAAAUUUAUGUUUGGACUUAAAGUCAAAGGAUGUAGCCAGUACAUUUAAAACUGUCGUUUCGAAGAAAGAAAAUCUGGAAACCUUGGGUGGUAUGUCUAGUAUAUCUUCCGAAGGCACAACACAUUCAGUGCGAUUGGAAGAACAACUGGCCUUUUCUGAUUGGAUUAACUCGAAUUUGGGUCACGAUCAGGAUUUAAAACAUCUGCUACCUAUUGAUUCAGAGGGCAAACAACUUUAUCAGUCAAUCAAAGAUGGCAUAUUGCUAUGUAAAAUUAUCAACCACUCUUGUCCCGACACCAUUGAUGAACGUGCUAUUAACAAGAAGAAUCUUACUGUAUAUAGAGAGUUCGAGAAUUUAACAUUGGCUUUAGUUUCAUCACAAGCUAUCGGUUGUAAUAUCGUAAACAUUGAUGCGCAUGAUUUGGCUAAGGGCAAACCACAUUUGGUGCUUGGUCUUUUAUGGCAAAUUAUACGUAUUGGCUUGUUCAGUCAUAUAACAUUGGAUAGUUGUCCUGGCUUGGCAGGUUUAUUAUUCGAUAAUGAACGUCUAGAAGAUCUUAUGAAACUGUCACCCGAAGCUAUUUUACUACGUUGGGUGAAUCAUCAUCUCGAACGUGCUGGUAUUUCACGGCGGUGUACAAACUUCCAAUCGGACAUUGUUGAUUCGGAAAUUUAUUCACAUUUGUUGAAACAAAUUGCUGGCAAUGACACUGACGUCAAUUUGGACGCUCUAAGAGAAAACGAUUUAACAGCACGUGCUGAAAUAAUGUUGCAACAAGCGGCUAAAUUAAAUUGUCGCAGCUUCUUGACACCGCAGGACGUUGUCAAUGGUGUUUAUAAAUUGAAUUUAGCUUUUGUAGCAAACUUGUUUAAUAAUCAUCCGGGUCUUGACAAACCCGAACAAAUCGAGGGUCUGGAAUCAAUUGAAGAAACACGCGAAGAGAAAACUUAUAGAAAUUGGAUGAAUUCUAUGGGUGUCUCUCCUCAUGUAAAUUGGCUGUACUCCGACUUAGCUGAUGGUUUAGUUAUUUUCCAGCUUUUUGAUAUCAUCAAGCCUGGCAUUGUUACUUGGAGUCGUGUACAUAAGCGUUUUACCCCAUUGCGGAAAUUUAUGGAGAAGCUUGAAAAUUGCAACUACGCCGUAGAUUUGGGAAAACAACUCAAAUUUUCAUUGGUUGGUAUUGCUGGUCAGGAUUUGAACGAUGGCAACGCUACUCUUACUUUAGCAUUGAUAUGGCAACUUAUGCGCGCAUACACGCUUUCCAUUUUAUCACGGUUGGCGAAUACUGGCAAUCCUAUCAUUGAAAAAGAAAUUGUUCAAUGGGUGAACAAUAAACUUGCUGAAGCAGGAAAACAGUCCAGCUUAAAGAACUUUAAUGAUCCUGCGAUUGCUGAUGGUAAAAUUGUGAUUGAUCUAAUCGAUUCUAUAAAAGAAGGCAGUAUAAAUUAUGAUUUGGUGCGAACCGGUGGCACUGAAGACGAUAAUUUAGCCAAUGCCAAAUAUGCCAUUUCAAUGGCACGUAAAAUAGGCGCACGAGUAUAUGCCUUACCCGAAGACAUUACUGAAGUCAAACCUAAAAUGGUAAUGACCGUUUUUGCUUGUAUGAUGGCGCUCGACUACAUACCCAACAUGGAUAGUGUCCAGAAUCAAAACAACAUUAAUAGUAACUAAGCACAAACAAUAACUAAUAACCAUUUAGCAUUGUCCACAAUUGAGUGGUUGCACAAAAGACGACAGAAAACAAAAAAGCUAAGGAAACCAACCAACCAAGAAGAAAUGCUGAAACGCCAUGGAAUUAAGCAAUAUACAAUUUUUUACGCAAUGCAUGAAGCAAAGAAACUGACUAAUUAUGUACUUUUUUAAUGUAAUUUUUAGUAAUUUAUUUUAAUUCGUUUGACAAGUUUGUUUAGUUUGUUAAUUUUAUGAAGUUUUAUUUAUACAAAUGCGCGUAAAGUUUAAAAAAAUAAAAGAGUAUUUUGUUAAACAUUUAAAAGAAAGAUAACUAAAAUUAACCUUAUUUUAUAAAUAAAGGUUUUAGCUAACAUAAUUGAAAUGUAGAAUCAUAUACAUACAUAUACACAACAUUAUAUAA